GAGCUUAGGAAAACAUGUGCUCAGAUUCCUUCUAUAUAAAGGAAGAAGAAGAAGUAAGCUAAAGAAGCAGAGAGGACAUUCUAAAGCUUCGGUUGGAUUUGUAUCUUCCUAUAGUAUCCUUGAAACAGCUGAGAACGUUUGGUACAGUUUGCUUCCAAACUUAAUCUUCUGCUUUGGACAUCAUCAUGCAGUUCCUCUUUGGAAGCAUAAUCUGCCUUCUUCUUGCUGCUUCAGGCAAUGCAUUGGUGUGUGAAGUCUGCUCAAGCAUCGGCACCAGCUGCACGGGUAGCCUCCAGAUCUGUGAAGCGGAUGAAGAUACCUGUGUCAUCGUUGUGUCUGAAAAUUCAUUAGCUGGAGACAUAAUUCACACCAUUGCUAAAAGCUGUACCAAUUCCAGUUUGUGUAAACAGGAGCCAAAGUAUAUGAAUUUAGGACAAGGAAAGAUAAUAAGAUCAAGCAUGAUUUGUUGUGUGGGGGAUGCCUGCAGAACUGCUGUGCCUCAGAUUCCUCCCAUCAUCCAAACCAAUGGGAAACAAUGCCCAGCCUGCUAUGCUUUGUCAGACAGUGGCUGCAAUGAUCGGGAGAGAGUCAAUUGUGUUGGACCAGAGAACAGUUGUCUUGAUUUGGCUAUGACCAUAACUUACGGAACUCAUGUCCUCAACACUUUUCAGAGGGGCUGCGUCAGCAAGUCGGCUUGCGAUGAACUAAAAACAGGUGAAACAGAAAUGCAAGGGGUGCGUACAGUUGUCAAAAAGGCUGAAUGCAAAGCACCCUCCAGCUCAUCCUGAAAGGUGGACAUGAUCAACCACAAGCUCAAUAUCACUUGCCUCCUUCUGGAAACAAUCCUCAUGUAAUCCACUUGCAUUAUGCUAUGUGUCCAGGUUUACAUAUAAUUCACCAGCAACCUUUCCCAAAGUCAUUCAAACCUCUUGGAUGUCUUUUUUGAACUCUGAGUAAAAUGAAUAAAAAUCAAAUGAGAUAUAA